UUUCAAUUCCGUCUUCAUCAUUUAUUUGCUAUUUGGGGGAUUCCCCUGCUUCAGUUUCCCACCGGAUUCUCUGAUUUUCUCCACUCUUUCUUUCUCUGUUUCUCGGCGGGGUGUUCUGUGGUGUAUUGUGUGUUUCUGCGAGUCUGGGAGCUUUGGAUCUCUUAAAUGUUUUGCUCAUUCCAUGCUCAGAUCUUAUUUGUACUUCUCCAAAAAUUGAGGUAUUCCAUUUUUGCCCUUCUAUCGUCCCUGACUUCCUUCGUCCAACACCUCUGAACAUUUUGCCAAGAGAGGGUCCAAUUUCAGCUUUAAUAAAGCUGCGGGCUUUACUAUCUUGGCAUCUUGGUCUCUGAUUCAGGUUUUUUAUUUUUGCUGGUUCAUCAGCUAUCAGUCUGUUCACACGAAGAUAUCAGAGCAUUUGCCAAUAACAACGCCCUGUUUUGGUCAAGCAAACCUGUGAACAAUCUGUUUUGGCAACUUGGUCUGAUUCAGAAGGAGAUGAGUCGCAUGACAAAUGAAGGCAAAGAUUCUCUUCUCCCCAAGGAUCAGAUAGAAUCUCCACUGGUCGAAGAAGGAAAUUCUGUUAGAAAUAUAAAUGGGGAAAUGAAUCUCAAGAAAGGUCCAUGGACAGCUGCAGAAGAUGCAAUCUUGAUGGAGUAUGUGAAGAAACACGGGGAAGGGAACUGGAAUGCGGUUCAGAAGCAUUCUGGUCUUUCUCGUUGUGGGAAAAGCUGUAGGUUGAGAUGGGCUAACCACCUGAGGCCAAACUUGAAGAAAGGAGCAUUUACCCAGGAAGAAGAACAGCUAAUCAUCGAGCUUCAUGCCAAAAUGGGGAAUAAGUGGGCUCGCAUGGCCGCUCAUGUAUUGCCUGGACGUACAGACAAUGAAAUAAAGAAUUACUGGAACACCAGAAUCAAGAGACGUCAAAGGGCUGGUUUACCUCUUUAUCCCCCUGAAGUCUCCUUGCACCCAUAUCGGGCUAGUCAACAGGGCUUAAACAUAGGUGGGACAAGUUACAGGUCUAAAGGACAUCAUGACCACCUCUUGCACAACUGCUAUGAGAUCCCUGAUGUCCCAUUUGACAGCUUAAAACCCAGUCAGGGGAGGAUAUCUAACUCUGCUCCUGAACUUCCUGAUAACAUGCUGAUGAAAGGGAUGGGGGGUUCUCGAUAUGAUAACUUCAGUUCUCCGUUGAUGUAUCAUGGUCAGAAACGGCCUCGAGAAUCAUCAACUUCUGUGUCAUACAGUGGUAGUGGGAGAAAUGAUUUCUUGUUUUCUGAGUCCUUUGGCUUGUCCUUCCCAUUCGAUUCUGAUCUAAACAGCACCAACAAGAUCCAACAACAGCAACCACUUGGUGAUGAUCAGGACGGCCAUACCCUUUUAUAUGGCAACAACUUCUCUGCUUCUAAGCCAACUACUGCGGCUAUGAAGUUGGAGCUCCCUUCACUCCAAUAUUUCGAUUCCGGUAGCUGGGGAGUAAUAUCUUCUCCACCACCUCUCCUUGAAUCGGUUGAUACUUUUAUCCAAUCUCCACGUGCUACUGGUACUACUGUUGGGUCAAAUUGUCCUUCUCCUCAUAAUAGUGGCCUACUGGAUGCUUUACUUCAUGAGGCAAAAGCUCUAAGUAGUGCUAAGAAUCAUUAUUCUUCCGAGAAGAGUUCGAAUUCCUCAACAGUUACCCCUGGUGAUAUUGCAGACAGUUCGACCCUGAAUGCUUGUGAUGCAGCAGAAUGGGACAACUAUAGUGACCCACUUUGUCCCUUGGGCCAUACUACUGCAACUUCGUUUUUCAGUAAAUGCACUCCAAUCAGUGCCAGUGGAAGUUCAUUAGAUGAACAACCACCACAUAUAGAGCCCUUUACAGGGCGUGAGAUAAAGUCAGAAGCUGAGGACUAUGCCUUGACCCCAGUAAGAGAAAGGGAAAGGGAUACUAUUACAAGACCUGAUGCAUUACUCCCUUCUGACUGGCUUGAACAAGGAUCUGGCAAAGGCUAUGGUGUCAAGGAUCAAGUCGUGAUGACCGAUGCCAUAGCAGCUCUUCUUGGUGACGAUCUGAGCAGUGACUACAAGCAGAUGGCUGCUGCAGGAACAUCGUCGGGGCCAAGUCAAGGAUGGGUACUUGGUUCUUGUGCAUGGAACAACAUGCCUGCUGUCUGUCAAAUGUCUGAACUUCCUUAAUGAAGAAAAACGCAAACCCAGCAUCUGAACCAUUUUAUUCUCAUACUUUGGUGCUUCAUCUAUCUAUUAUCAUGUGUUUCUUUUGGCUUUACUGUCUUCGGGAUCAGAGUGAGUCAAGACAAUUGCUUCCGGCUGGUGUUUGUAAUAUGAUCAUUGUGGUCGGUCUGUGUUUGUUAUAUGAUCAUGUGACGUAGAAUUUGCCUUUCUUUUCUUUCUGCGUCUCCCAUCUGUUGGGAAUGGAACAAUCAAAUGUAUGAACAUGUCUGCAACUCCGGAACCUUUAACGUGAUAUUUCAGUUUAAGUUGAUGCUUCAGGAUUUGCUUUGUUCAA